AUGAACCGUCUUGCUACUCUUGUGCUGUUAGGUCUGUCGGUUUGCUCUGCUUAUCCUGUGAAUGGGGACGGAAAAGAAGAGGACGCAAACAUGGAUCUUGCCCAGCGAUACCUGGAGAAUUACUACAAUCUCACAAAAAAGGUGGAGAGUAUUUAUAGAAGAAAGGACAUUAGUCCUAUUGAUAACAAAAUCCGAGAAAUGCAGAAGUUCCUUGGCUUGGAGGUGACAGGCAAGCUGGACUCCAACACCCUGGAGAUGAUACGCAAGCCCAGGUGUGGCGUUCCUGACGUUGGUCACUUCACUACCUUCCCUGGCACCCCCAAGUGGAGCAAAACUCACCUCACUUACAGGAUUGUGAAUUACACACCGGAUUUGCCAAGAGAGGCAGUUGAUGCCGCCAUUGAGAAAGCGCUGGGAGUGUGGAAGGAGGUGACUCCACUCACGUUCUCCAGGAUGCAGGAGGGAGAGGCUGACAUCAUGAUCUCUUUUGCAGUUGGAGAACAUGGAGACUUUUAUCCUUUCGAUGGACCAGGAGCCACCUUGGCUCAUGCUUACCCACCUGGGUCCGGGAUUCAUGGAGACGUGCAUUUUGAUGAUGAUGAAAAAUGGACAGAGAAGGCAGCAGGGACCAAUUUAUUCUUUGUUGCUGCUCAUGAGCUUGGUCACGCCCUGGGUCUCAUGCAUUCAGCCAACCCUGAGGCGUUGAUGUACCCAGUCUACAGAUCCUUCAAGGACCUGGCCGGCUUCCGCCUCUCUCAAGAUGAUGUGGAUGGAAUCCAGUUCCUCUAUGGAGCUCCAACUACCCCCAAAACUAACUACGUGACACCCACAGAACCUGUCCCCCCAAGAUCUAAGACACCAGCUAAAUGUGAUCCAGCUUUGUCCUUCGAUGCCGUCAGCACUCUCAGAGGAGAAAUCCUGUUCUUUAAAGACAGGUACUUUUGGCGAAGAUCCCACUGGAGUCCUGAGCCUGGACUGCAUUUGAUUUCCUCAUUUUGGCCAUCUUUGCCUUCAAAUUUGGAUGCUGCCUAUGAAGUCAGCAGCAAGGACACUGUUUUUGUUUUUAAAGGAAAUAAGUUCUGGGCCGUCAGAGGAAACGAAGUGCAAGCUGGUUACCCAAGAAACAUUCACACCCUGGGUUUCCCUGCAACCAUUAGGAAAGUUGAUGCCGCCAUUUCUAAUAAGGAACAAAAGAAAACAUACUUCUUUGUAGAGGACAAAUAUUGGAGAUUUGAUGAAAAGACCCAGACUAUGGAGCGAGGUUUCCCCAGACGGAUAGAGGAUGACUUUCCUGGAGUUGAGCCAAAGGUUGAUGCUGUACUAGAAGCAUUUGGGUUUUUAUACUUCUUCAGUGGAUCCUCACAGUAUGAGUUUGACCCAAAUGCCAAGAGGGUAACUCACAUAUUUAAGAGUAACAGCUGGCUGCUUUGUUAG